UCAGACUAAAAGCAGGCAAAGGGAUCUGCAUUUAGCAGGGAACGCGUUUGUGCAGAGCAGAGAUUAACCCCGGCGCUGCUGACGAUGUGCCAGGGCUUGAAGGCUGGGGUUUAGCGUGCCACACUCAAGGGAUCAACGAGUUAAUUUGACAGCGCAUGGUAGAAUAGUGCUUCUCCCACUUAGAAUCGUUAGCACGCUUUAGCAUCAAUUUGUCCAGUCGGGAUGAGAAGUCUUCUGUUCGUUUAGCCGCGCUGCCAAUUGUUGGGAUUGCUGGAGUCCAUUGAAGUGCCUCCCUUUAUGCUGCACACAAAGGAAGCAAAUUGAGCAAGCCGAUCAUACUUUCUCCAGGCUUCUUAAAGGGAGCGCCUUACGGUUCGCUGUACAGCUGCAUCGCCGAUAUCAGCACAGCGUUUCCCUCUGCCAGGCUAUUGAGUUGCCAGGAAGGAAAAAAGAGCAGGGGAUCUGGAUGAGGCAUAGUUUUUCCCCCCUGCAGAUGCUGACAAACUCUAUAUGGAUAUUCUUGGUCUUCUGAGACUUGCUUGUGACUAGAUGCUCCUUGGGCUUUUGAGCUUUGCCUGUUCAGCAUUUCAUGGUCCAGAGGGUGUUCGAGACGCAUCGUGCAGUAUGCCUGCAUUGAUUUAAAUCCAGCAGCCAGAGAGGCAAGCCAGCGUUAAGACAGAGUGGAUGCUGUGUUGCUUUGGGUUAACUGCAAAGAUGCAGGUCUUGCAUUCCUGACUGAAUGGAUGAUUCUGUCUAAGUACUGGGGGAACCCUUGGCAAAAGGAAUUUUGCUUUGCAAGAGCCAGUGGUCUGCUCUUUUAGUUUUUCUUUGGCUUGUCUCUCUCCUGGUAUCAUCAGGGGCUGUCUUAGUCACUUCUGCCCUGAACCAGGUCCAGGUACUUCUGCCGGAGCAUAGCUGUGAAGAGCUGCAUUAAGGACUGACCACCUUUAGCUCACCGCAGUCCAAGUCUCUGGUCCUGUGGAAGUUCUCUGUUGUAUACAGAAAGGCUAAGUGAAGGAACAAUGCAAGUCUCCAUCGCUUGCACGGAGCAUAACCUCAAGAAUCGGAAUGGAGAAGACAGACUUAUGAGCAAACAGAACACCACGAACCCAAAUGCAGUCAAUGCAGCUCGGGCCAAAUUUCGGACGGUGGCAAUUAUUGCUCGCAGUUUGGGAACAUUUACCCCUCAGCACCAUAUUUCCUUAAAAGAGUCCACUGCCAAGCUGACUGGCAUGAAAUAUAGAAACCUUGGGAAAUCCGGACUAAGAGUUUCAUGUAUGGGGCUAGGGACAUGGGUCACAUUUGGAGGUCAGAUUUCAGAUGAGGUUGCCGAGAAGCUAAUGACUAUCGCGUACGAGAGCGGAGUGAAUCUGUUUGACACGGCUGAGGUGUAUGCUGCUGGCAAAGCGGAAGUCAUUUUGGGGAACAUCAUAAAAAAGAAAUGCUGGAGGAGGUCGAGUCUGGUUAUUACAACAAAGCUCUACUGGGGAGGAAAAGCUGAAACAGAAAGAGGACUUUCAAGAAAGCACAUUAUCGAAGGAUUAAAAGCUUCCCUCCAGAGACUCCAGCUUGAAUACGUGGAUGUGGUCUUUGCAAAUCGGCCAGACAAUAAUACCCCGAUGGAAGAAAUUGUCCGGGCAAUGACGCACGUGAUAAACCAGGGCAUGGCGAUGUAUUGGGGAACUUCCCGAUGGAGUGCCAUGGAGAUCAUGGAAGCUUAUUCAGUAGCGAGACAGUUUAAUAUGAUUCCACCAGUGUGUGAACAAGCAGAAUACCACCUAUUCCAAAGGGAAAAAGUGGAGGUCCAGUUGCCGGAAUUAUAUCACAAGAUAGGAGUUGGAGCGAUGACCUGGUCUCCGCUUGCUUGUGGGAUCAUCUCAGGGAAAUACGCCAAUGGGAUUCCUGAAAGCUCAAGGGCUUCACUAAAGAGCUAUCAGUGGCUAAAGGAGAAGAUUGUGAGCGAAGAAGGGAGGAAACAGCAAACAAAGCUGAAAGAUCUCUUCCCGAUUGCUGAACGCCUGGGAUGCACACUACCUCAGCUAGCCGUGGCAUGGUGUCUACGCAAUGAGGGUGUCAGCUCAGUUCUUUUAGGAUCUUCUAACCCAGAGCAACUAAUAGAGAACCUCGGUGCCAUACAGGUUCUUCCAAAGAUGACAUCCCACAUUGUGAAUGAAAUUGAUAACAUCUUGGGGAACAAACCUUUCAGCAAGAAGGACUACCGAUCCUAAUGCAUUGCAUGGCUCAACUGGACUGCAUGGCUAAAAUCGCGCUCUGUACGUAGUAGGGUACUGAGGCAGUACUAAUUAUCCUGUUAUAAUUAGAAUUUAUUCAGCAGUCCCUCUUGCUCCCUGUCUUCUUCAGGGGGGCGUGCUGUGCCCGAAUGCUGAAGCACAGCUGAUCUUUUGGUCACCUGAGAUAGUCUUAGCUCUUUUCUUUUGACUCAAGUCCUCAGAGUUUUGACUCGACUCCAGCUCAAGCCAAAGGGCACCACCCAGAGGGAAGGGCUGCUGGGCAAGCCCCAUUGAGAUGAACGAGAUAGGCACAGCAGCGCUGCCAUUCAGCGUAGUGGUGCAGGAUCCACACUGGAUCGUGCUCCAUUUACUCUCCCUCUUGCCGCUUCCUAGUUAUGCAGCGAAAAUACUCAUGUAAAGAAACAAUAAAGAUUUCUAAGCUUUGGGUACUUGGAAAUUCAACGAAGGAUGUACAGAUAUAUUUUUUCAAUACAGCCAGAUACAGGUAAAGGCUUUGGAUAAAUGACACGAGACAGACCAUUUUCAGUUGUAAAGAUUUUCAAAGUUAUCUCAAGAAUGAGCAUUCAGAUUUUUUUUUCCAGUUGUCUUUUUUAAUGCUGAGGUGAGUUUUUGCUUUGGGCUUCCACUACCCAAGGGCUUACUAGUUAUAGUAUUAUACAGGUUGGCUUCUCAGUCAGUUUUAGGAUUUUAGGUUAGACUUAGCAAUGCCACAUUCUGAAAGAAAAAUGGACACAUUCCAGCAUGCGUUUAACUCCCCCCUUAGGAGGGCUGUGACUUGAUGGUAAAAUACCCAUUUUGUACUAUGAAAGUUCCAUGUUCUAGUCUCUACCAUCACCAAUUAAAAGAAUGAGGCAGUAGGUGACAUGAAAGACUUUACCAGGGAGUAGGCACUACUGCCCUGGGUAGGCCAGAGAGCUGACUAAGAGCUUUAAACGUCGACUGGAUUAUAUGCAUUAUUUUUAUUACAAAUCAGAAAAAUGGAAAAGGUUGAAGACCUCCAGUGAUAGCAGUAAAUCCCAUGGAAUUUGAUAGGAACCAAACAUGGUAAAACAGGUGGUGUGGCUGCCAGUUUUCUGACAAGGGGGAUGUGAAACUUACUCAACCGGCCCACAGCUUAAGCUGCUAGACCUCAAUGAGUUCACCUCCCAAGCUUUAUUGUCCACCCCCUCCACAGCACAAGAAUUAUGCUUUGCUGCCAUUACCAGGGCAUUUGCCUGAUAGCUUGGUCCCUUAUCAGUCCAAUCCUGAACAGAGUUGACAUUCUUCUAAGACUAUUGCACAACUGUGCUUUAGAUCAAACAGCGAAUAUAGUUGGGAUCAGGCCGGAAGAACAACCGAUUAUUAGCUAGGCUAGGCAACUCAGACCAAUAUAACAAUGCAAAAAUGAAAACCAGAAACCCACAAGUAAAAGCCCUGUUUCUUUGACUCAAGCCUUUUUCCUUUUGGUAGUUUGCAGACAUAGCGGCUGCAACUUUUAUUACUCAAUAUAAUGUAUAAUAAAUGUACAUAAUGUGCAAAGCACAUGUACAGUUUCCUGAAGAUCAGAGCCCCAUGUAGGUGAAAGGUUUUCAUUGUCCCUUUUUGUGCUGGCAUCCUAUAUAACAUGAUUGAGUGUGUGUGUUUUUCCAGAAAGCUCAAUGCAAUUUGUGAGCAGUUCAUUAUAAUUUAGCAUCUCAGAGCCUUCCCAGUCCCUUAGUCUGGAUUGUGUGUCUUCUUUCAGAAAGGGUCUGUGCUAACACCCCUCUCUGCACAUCGGUUGCAAUGGUUCUCAGUACUCCUCUGUGGCUUAGAUGUCACACUUGCCAAGUGUGGUAUGUACCAGUGGUGUGUGAAAUCUGUGCAGCAGGGCAGCGUCAUGCUACAAGCUUCAGUGUGCAAUACUGUACAUAUGUGGCAGUGCGGCUAGAAGUCAGCAUGAGCUGACAGGAAAUAGGAGCUGAGAAUUCAUGUAAAUACACCUGUGUGCAUCAGAGAGGAAGAGAGUCAGGCAGCUCUACACUUCCAGUCCUCACAAAGUGGAUGGAAAGAUGGGCUGUAACCCUAAUCUCUAUGGUUUCCUGCCACUAGUCACAUGGGUAUGUUGGAUUGGUGACUGCAUUACUUGGCACCUCCAGCUCUUUGCAUCUCCAUGCUGUAUAUUCCAAAACUCUUCCCCGUUCUGUGCUUGAAGAUAUGGGUUGGUCCAAGGUAGUACCACUGACAAGCUCUAGUCAUGCUACC